UUUCCCCAUUCCACACUCCAAAACAUUUAAUUUCCUCCCCAAACAAACAAACAAACAAACUCUCAUGACCAUGAAGAGAUUCCCCGCCGCCGCCGAGCUCGACGACAUGGCCAACUGCUUGAUUCUCCUCUCCAAGAUCGCCGCCACCGAGAACGACGCCGUUUUACACCAAUCCACCGCCACGGCAGCGGGGGACGGUCGCUUGUUCGAGUGCAAGACCUGCGAGAAGAAGUUCCCGUCGUUUCAGGCGCUGGGAGGCCACCGGGCCAGCCACAACAAGCCCAAGCUGCAGCAGCAGGCCCACAACAACCACCCCCUGGAUUCGCCCCCGCCGGCAGCAAAGCCCAACAUUAACAAGACCCACGAGUGCGCCAUCUGCGGCCUGGAAUUCGCCAUGGGACAGGCCCUCGGUGGCCACAUGAGGCGCCACCGGGCCGCAUUGAGUUUGCUGCCUGCGGUCGCCAUCAUGAAGAAAUCCUCUUCCUCCCCCACCGCCGCCGCCAAGAGUACUGGUCACGGCGGGAAGAGGGUUAUGUGUUUGGAUUUGGAUCUCAACUUGACGCCGGUGGAGAAUUACGACUUGAAGUUGCAGUUAGGCAGCGCCCUCCAGAUUGCUUGAAUCAUUUUCUUUUCCCGAUUCUUAUUACAUUCGUUAUUUGUUGCCUCAUUUUUUUUUUUUAGAUCUAGACAGAACAGAGAUAGCGUGUUAGUUUCAUGGACAUAUUCACAUAUGUAGUCUUUUUUUCUUCUGGACAGAGAUGGAUUCUUUUUGUUCAUAUCUCAUUCAUUUAUUAAUAUCGACAGAUUUCUCAUAUCUGGUUUCUCUCUUGAUCUUAUUACGUUUGGCUACCACAAAUCAGUUUAGUAUAUUGUUGGGUCAGGUAAUUAAAAAGAGCUCGCGCGCCUUGUGUAUCCUCAUGCCCCGUCAAAAUGUAUCAAUACAAAUUGAAUUGAACAAAUACAAAGUAACUGAGAUAAUUAAGCAAAUUCCGCUGU